CGAUCAGUCGGAGUGGGAUGAAUUUUAACACAACACACGACAACAUUGUACCUGCUUAAAGGAGACGUUAUCGAACUGAAACCACCAACCAAGUCGCUGGAAUAGUAUUAGGAAAUAGCAAACGUAUGAAUUUUGAGAGAAUAUUUUUUCAAACAAAGUGGUUUCAAAAAAGAAACUCCGAAAGGAUAUAAUAAGUGGGGAGUGCAGGCGUCUGUAGGAUUCUGACAACCGUAUUUAAAAUCUAUAAAAGAGGAUUAAACGGCUAAGAUGUUCCGAAGAUCAGAAAAAUAGUAGCUUCCAAUUAACGCCAGCUGGUGAGCAGUUCCUUUGAAGUCGUUCGUCGGACAAGAAUGGCUUGAUUGUUUUUGUAUGAUGGGGAAAAAAUGACAGCAGCACUCAUGCUUCAGGCAAAGAAAAGGAAAGUUUGCUGCUUUUAAAUAGAAUAGGGCCUAUAUCAUUUUGUGAGAUACUUUGCCUUCAUACUUGUCGGAGAGACCACCUGUUUUUUGUUGGAUUUUAUUCACAAUGUCCAAAGUGAUACAAAAGAAGAAUCACUGGACCACCAAAGUUAACGAGUGCGCGGUCUGCAAAGAUGCUCGCGGUGACUUGAAUGUGCCAUUGCUUGGUGGCGCGGAGAAUGGAGAGUUUGCUUAUAUCGGGCAAGUUAAUGAGGAUAUAGUGGUUUACCAAAAUGGAAAACUGUCGGAAGGGGAGUUAUUACUCGAAGUAGAAAACCUCUCGAUAUCUGGAUUGCCUCUAUACGACGUACAGACAGUAAUAAAGAACUGCAAAGGUCCCGUCAGAUUGAAAACAGUCAGACAAGGAAACAAGCUGAACAAGGACCUGAAGCACUAUCUGAGCCAGCGCUUCCAGAAGUCCUCUCCUGACCACGAGCUGCAGCAGACCAUCCGAGACAACCUGUACCGCCACGCCGUGCCUUGUACAACCCGCCCCCCGCGUGACGGAGAGGUCUCUGGAAUAGACUACAACUUCCUGUCUGUGGAGGACUUCCUGGACCUGGAGAAGAGUGGAACCCUUCUGGAGAUAGGAACAUAUGAAGGUAACUAUUAUGGGACGCCCAAGCCGCCCAGCCAGCCCCCUAGUGGGACAGUGAUUAGUGGUGAUGCUCUGCAAGACAGCCUGCCGAGCUCCCAGCACUCCACGCCCCGACGCACCGUAUCCUACAAUGAGAUGCAAAAUGCUGGAAUAGUGCCUGCAGACCUGGAGGAGGACGAGGACGUCCCUGAGAUGAACAGUAGCUUUACAGGAGACUCUAGUGAACUUGACGAGCACCCCUACCCCCCGCGCGAGAACGCCCCUUCCUACGGUGUGAACAACACCUCACCGUCAACCACGGACAGCACUCAGCAGACACACACACACCUCAGCCAUCCCCCCCCAGAGGACCCCCUGGGCCCUCUGCCCGACAGCUGGGAGAUGGCCUACACCGAGAACGGAGAGGUCUACUUCAUAGACCACAACACGAAGACCACAUCCUGGAUUGACCCUCGGUGCCUGGACAAGCCGCAGAAGCCCCUGGAAGAAUGUGAAGACGAUGAAGGGGUGCAUACAGAGGAGCUGGACAAUGAGCUAGAACUGCCGACAGGCUGGGAGAAGAUAGAAGAUCCAGUCUACGGGGUCUACUAUGUUGAUCACAUCAACAGGAAGACCCAGUAUGAGAACCCGGUCUUGGAGGCCAAACGCAGGAAGCAGCUGGAGCAGCAGCCACCAGAAGAAUGGAUAGAGGACUCCAGCUUGGCAGGGGCCCCUCUGGCCAGCUACGCCACCAACCAUCAGGAGACGUACAGAGACCCACAGACAGGACCCCCGCUGCCACCCUCCGCAGGACACAAACGAGGGAAGCCGUUCUUCACGCGGAACCGCGAGCUGAAUGGAACCUUCAUCAACACCAAGCUGAAGAAGAGUCGCCGGGGGUUCGGCUUCACCGUCGUCGGGGGCGACGAGCCCGACGAGUUCCUGCAGAUCAAGAGUCUGGUUCUGGACGGACCCGCAGCCCUGGACGGCAAGAUGGAGACAGGCGACGUCAUCGUGAGCGUCAACGACACGUGUGUGCUGGGCUACACCCACGCUCAGGUGGUGAAGAUCUUCCAGACCAUCCAGAUCGGCUCCAUGGUCAACCUGGAGCUCUGUCGGGGCUACCCGCUGCUCGACCCCGACGACCCCAACACCAGCCUGGUCACCUCCGUGGCCAUCCUGGACAAGGAACCCAUCAUCGUCAACGGCCAGGAGAGCUACGACUCGCCCUCCAGCCACGGCAGCCAGAGCGCCCUCGGCGGGCCGGUUAACGGCAUGAGGGAGCCCCGCCCCCACAGCCCCUCGGCUGACGUGUCGUCCAACGGCUCCCAUGGUUACCCCAGCGACGUGGUGAGCAUGGCCUCCUCCAUCGCCACCCAGCCGGAGCUCAUCACCGUGCACAUGGAGAAGGGAGACAAGGGCUUCGGCUUCACCAUAGCAGACAGUCCCGGGGGCGGGGGCCAGCGGGUGAAGCAGAUAGUGGACUACCCCCGCUGCCGGGGCCUGAAGGAGGGGGACAUUAUCGUGGAGGUCAACAAGAGGAACGUCCAGAGCAUGAGCCACAACCAGGUGGUGGAUCUACUCAGCAAGUGUCCCCGAGGAAGUGAGGUCACUAUGCUGGUGCAGAGAGGGGUGGCUCCUGCAAAGAAGAGCCCAAAACUGGACGAUGACGAUGACGAGCGUUAUCGUUUCUAUGACGAGCGCUCUCUCUAUGAGGACGAGGAGCGCUUUCAGUUUGAUGAUGAAAGCGAUUCCGAUGAUAACUCUGUGGAUUUUGAGCUCCGUCCUAGCCAGUAUAAUGGCAUGCAGUUGGCAAGGAAGGACAGUCAGAACAGUUCCCAGCACAGUGUGUCCAGCCACCGGAGCACAAGCCACACCGACUCUCCUGUCCACCCCUCCCUGGCCGCGGCCCACAGCGAGGGCUCCGCGCCGCCUGCCCCCUCCCAGGCCCUUCCCGGGCUGCCAACCCAAGACAUCCCUGCCGACGGCACCAUCCAGAGGAAACCAGACCCCUUCAAGAUCUGGGCCCAGUCCAGGAGCAUGUAUGAAAUGCCAGACUUCCAGGAGCAGGACAUCUUCCUGUGGAGGAAGGAUACAGGCUUCGGCUUCAGGAUCCUGGGAGGCAACGAGCCAGGAGAACCGAUCUACAUCGGGCACAUAGUGAAGUACGGCGCGGCGGACGAGGACGGCCGCCUGCGCUCGGGCGACGAGCUCACCUGUGUGGACGGAACGGCCGUGGUGGGCAAGUCUCACCAGCUGGUGGUGCAGCUGAUGCAGCAGGCCGCCAAGCAGGGCCACGUCAACCUGACUGUGCGCCGCAAGACGGGCUACGCAGCGUCUAAAGGCGACGGCGAGGUUCCCCCGUCCCCGGCCUCCUCCCACCACAGCAGCACGCAGGCCCCCUCCCUGACGGAGGAGAAGCGGACCCCCCAGGGCAGCCAGAACUCCCUCAACACCGUCAGCUCCGGCAGCGGCUCCACCAGCGGCAUCGGCAGCGGAGGGGGGGGCGGGGGCGGGGUGCCUGCGGUCAACACCGCCCUGCAGCCCUACGACGUGGAGAUCCGGCGCGGCGAGAACGAGGGCUUCGGCUUCGUCAUCGUGUCCUCUGUGUCCAGGCCCGAGGCGGGGACCACGUUCGCUGGAAAUGCAUGUGUGGCCAUGCCCCAUAAAAUAGGGCGCAUCAUCGAGGGGAGCCCGGCGGACCGCUGUGGGAAGCUGAAGGUGGGAGACCGCAUCCUGGCUGUCAACAGCUGCUCCAUCACCAACAAGUCCCACUCAGACAUCGUCAACCUCAUCAAGGAGGCCGGCAACACUGUCACGCUGAGGAUCAUCCCUGGAGACGAGUCCUCCAACGCAUCCCUGCUCACCAACGCUGAGAAGAUCGCCACCAUCACCACUACUCACACGGCCCAGCAACAGGCAGCACCCGAGGCUAGAAACAACACCAAACCAAAACAGGAGUCGUUUGAGUUCAAGGCCCCACAAGCCCCUCCUCCCCCGGCCCCGACACAACCUCCAGCCCAGGACGCUGAGCUGUACUCCGUGGACCUGGAGCGUGACAACAAAGGGUUUGGCUUCAGCCUGCGAGGCGGCCGUGAGUACAACAUGGACCUGUACGUCCUGAGACUGGCCGAGGACGGGGCCGCCGUCCGCAACGGCAACAUGAGGGUCGGAGAUGAAAUCCUGGAGAUCAACGGCGAGAGCACCAAGGGCAUGAGGCACGCCCGUGCCAUAGAACUGAUCAAGAACGGUGGGCGGCGUGCCCACCUGGUCCUCAAGAGGGGAGAUGGUUCGGUUCCGGAAUAUGACGUCGGUGUCGACGGCACCGUCGACCCAGCCGCCAGGGUACAAAACACUUCGGAAGUAAGCGCCCAGCCCCCUGUUGAAAGCCAAGCCAACGCACCAACAGAGUCCAGCUACAAACCAGACCCCAAACAACCAUCCCGCAGCAAAGAGACCAAGAAGGAGGACAAGGGCCACUUCCAUCCCAAGAGCGGCCAGCGCUCCCCUGACAAGAGCAAGCGCAAGGGGGACAAGUCCAAAGGGGAGACGGGCGGGACCAAGCAGCCGAAGAAGAAGACAGAGAAAGGGAAGACGUCGAGCGGAGGCCAGCACCGCCGACACCGCUCCCCGGAGAAGGGCCGCAGCCGGGGGCGCAGCCGGGCCCGCAGCGCCGAGAACACCCUGGACAGCCGCCACGGGCAGGGGCACGGGUACGAGCGCUCCCCCGCCAGACGCCAUCGUUCCCCCGGCAGACACCAUCGCUCCCCUCAACGCCACCGCGCUCCCCAGCGUCACCGCUCUCCCCAGCGUCACCGCUCUCCCCAGCGUCACCGCUCCCCCUCCUCUCCUCACCGUACCCGACACCAAUCCCCUGCCCGGCGUCGCGCCCGCUCCUCAGACCCGUACCGCCAGCCCUCCCCGGAGCAGGGCCAGUGGAAGCCCAGCAGUGAUAUGGCAGGAGCCCGGCCGCCAGGCCCCAAGCCCAGCUUCCUGUUAGAGGAGGAGAGCAUUCUGCGGGAGUCCCCAGCCCUCGCCCGCCUCAACAGGGAGGUCCCACGGCUGGCUGAGCCUGGGGACAGCCGGCUUCUCAGGACCUCGUCCUUGGAGCGCUCCUACAGAGAAGACACCCUGCUGAGAGACCUGGCCCGCUCCUCGAGAGAUCCCUACGGAGAAAGAUACCUGCCCCGGGUACACACUCCCGAUUCGGACUCUGCCUACAAGCGGUACAGCUCGCUGCUGAGGGGAAGCUCGCCCACCAGGGACUCUCCCCCCGAGUCACGCUACCGAGGGCGGAGCCUGGGCAGGGACAUCUCGCCAGUCGCAAGCUUGAGACGUGGCGGGGAGGAGGAGGGAGCGUCGAGGCUGAGGGAGUACUACAACACGCUGAGAUCCAGUGGCGGGCGUUCGUCCAGGCCCACCCUCCCUGAGCCCCAGAGGAAGACCUACAAGGAGAGCCCCAAAGAUCUGAGCAUCUGAUUGGACCUCCCCCAAAGAUCUGAGCAUCUGAUUGGACCUCUGAGUCCCAUACGUAAUGCAUCUUGGCUCAUUCCAUUCAGCUCAGAACCACCUCAGCUGGAAACACACACGGACCUUGGAAUAACCUAACUUAUUGAUUAUGACAUACCUAUGUUCCUUACCAGACAGCGAAUAUAAAACUACUUUUAACAGCUGAAGUAGGAUCUAUUUUUUUUCUGCUGGUUUUUAUUGUUUUCGGGUUCUUUUUUGUUCCUGGGUAAAGCAUUCUACACGUAUCCGACUUUUACAGAAAAUGUAAAACCAUAAAAAACUGAUGUGCCUAACAGUUCUAUUGAAGAGCGUUUUUAAGUUAAAUUUUUGUUUGAUAGAGGCGUUUCUCUGACACCUGAUGACAUGUAUGUACUUUUCCACACAGAGCCCAUGGAAGCACCUCAGUCACCUUGUCCUGUGACCGGUGCCAACACAGAUGCUGUGCAUGUCUUUACAGUUUCAAUGUCUUCUAUUAUUUUGGGUUCUCUCUCUCUUUUUUCCUCUCUCCCCCAGUGCCACAGUUUUUUAGACAUUUGACCAGACUAUAGCACAAGCCUGCAUUUGUUUGUAUAUUUUUUGACAGUUUGCAGUAUGUGUACAUUCAGAGGUGAUCAUUUUAAAUAAAUGAAGGGAAAUUAAAAAGUUAAACUAUGAUGAUGACAAUGUUACAAUAAAAAAUAAUAUAUUAAACAGA